AUGGAGGCUUUAUUUGGAAGACGUAAAACUCCUGCUGAGCUGCUUCGACAAAACCAGCGAGCACUCAAUAAAGCUAUUCGGGAACUGGAUCGAGAGAAACAAAGAAUGGAAAUGCAAGAGAAGAAAGUCAUCGCUGAAAUAAAGAAAAUGGCAAAAGCCAAUCAGAUGGAUUCCGUCAAAGUUAUGGCCAAAGAUUUAGUCAGGACAAGGCGCUAUAUCAAGAAGUUCAUUAUGAUGAAAGCAAAUAUUCAAGCUGUAUCACUGAAAGUUCAAACUUUAAAAAGUCAGGACGCUAUGGCUCAGGCUAUGAAAGGAGUCACGAAAGCCAUGCAAUCCAUGAAUCGACAACUAAAUUUACCCCAAAUUCAAAAAAUUAUGAUGGAGUUUGAAAAGCAGAGUGAAAUCAUGGACAUGAAGGAAGAAAUCAUGGGAGACGCCAUAGAUGAUGCUAUUGGUGACGCUGCAGACGACGAAGAGAGCGAGAAUAUCGUUAACCAGGUACUUGAUGAGUUAGGUAUUCAAAUGGGAGAGGAAAUGGCUAACAUUCCGGUACCAUCUGGACAGCUUGGAGUUCCUGAAAAGAAGAAUAAAACGGCAGUUCCUGCAGGAUCAGGAAACGACAUCGAUGAUGAUUUACAAGCUAGACUCGAUCAACUCCGACGGGAAUAA